AUGGGAGACAUAAAGGCGGUAACAGUACUACGUAACGGAGCCAUCAUCAUAGAAUUAGAUUCAGAACCCUUAGCCUCCUGGCUACGAGACCCCACAGGACGCACCUUAUUUGAAGGACAGUUUGAUGCCACAGUAUCGUUCCGCUUCCGUACAUAUGCUUUAGUUCUGGAAUACUUACCGAUUCAGUUACAGCUAGGAGAUGAACAAUUCCUCCACCGCAUUGAAGACGAAAAUCAACUACCUACGGACUCCCUAACAUCCAUCCGUUGGAUCAAACCCCCCAUUCGCAGGACACAACAACAGCGUAAGGCA